CUACCAACAGGGUGGUGGCCAAUACAAUAAUGGCGGCGGCGGACAGAAUAUGAACUCGGCUAAUGAUAUCGGACAACAACAGGGAAAUGUACAAGGAAAUGUGCAGGGCGCUCAACAAGGAGGUGCGCCGGUUCAGGGAAACGGGCAAGAUCAGUAGGCACCGGUGAGCCUAUUGAUCGACCCGACCCGAAACCACCGGAUAAAAAGGGAAUGGAAAGGUCACCACUGCAGAAUGGUACUGCAGUGAAUGUGACCACUGCAACGGCUAUAAGGAUGCCGUCAGCGCAAAAAGAAAGUGGACCGGCUAUAUGGAUGCCGCAACCACAGCAAACGGCUAUACGGAUGCCGCCACAGCAAAUUGAGACGGCUAAAUGGAUGUCGUCAUUGCAAAAGGAAAUUGAAACGGCUAUAAGGAUGCCGUCACAGCAGCAAAAAGAACUGGUUAUCGGGAAACCAGUACAAGUGGAUAAAAGGUCACCGCAGAAUGGUACUGCGAGUGGAAAUUGUCGUGACGGUAGCGCGACACUGCGAACAGCGCAGCAAAACGAAAGGUCACCGUAUUGCAGCGAAAAGGUGUUAGCUGAACGCCGCGCAUUACGUAAUGCGAAGAUUCAACAGGCGUUGUUGAACCAGAAGAAGCCGCAGAAUAGCACUACAGAAGAGGAUGAAGAAGUGCAUCAUUCGAAAUUCCGAGAGUAUAUGGAAGAACGCGGCAUACCGAAUCACCAGAGGUCACCUUCCGUUGGAAAAGUCCAAGUGAGAAGUAAAGGAGCGAGUGCGAACGCUAAAGGUCACGGUGAAAGCGCCGUGCCAAAAGGUCAAGAAACAGACUUGACACUGCGAACAGCGCAGCAGAAGAUUAGCGAACCGGCACAACAGAACUCCGACGACUCACUUGUAGAUGCAGUAACGCUGCAACGGAAGGAAAUAUGGCGAAAAGUAGCCUACAGACCGAAUGGGAAUCACGGGAUGUGGAUACCCGCGACACCGAAAGCGAAACAAAAAGGUGGAAUGUCGCAAGAAGAUUACUGGGACAUGCGAGAAUUGCGAACACAACAUGAGAGAAAACGACUGGAAGAACUGGUUACCGGGAAAGAAGUCAAAAGGAUUGACAAGUUGAGGGAGAUACUGAAAGGUCAUAGCAUUCCGGCGAAAGGACAAGUGCCUCCCGACAUGGAUCCGGGCCAGUAUCGCUAA